UUGAAUAUCAGUGAAGGAACAAGUGUUAGCGGUCAGACUGUAAAGCGAGUAGCAGAGGAGGAGGGUUAUCGUAAGCGUAUCAAGAGGAAGAAACCCUGGCUUCCACCACAUGCAGUGGAGAAGCGAAAGAAGUGGGUAGAGGAGAAUGAAGGGCAGGAUUGGAAAAGGGAGAUUUGGACGGAUGAGUGUACAGUGGAAAAAUACGACCCACAUCACUUCACUGCGGACUUUCAUGGCUCUCGAGUAGUUGUCCCAAUAUGGGGAGCGAUUGCCUACAACCACAAGUGGCCCUUAUUCCGGAUACCCAUU